AUAUAUAAAUAUUUUGAUUGUAUUCCUUUCUAUUUACUGAUUGCUAAUUACCUUUCUGUUUUUCCUUUUACUUUUUAAAAUAUAUAAAUGGAUUCAGUAAAACUUCGAGUAUUUAAGGCUAUGGGAUUUUGAAAAUAAAAGUGAAAAGGCUUUUGCUGAAACGUAUAAAGUCAGUGUAAGAACAAUUACAUUAAAAAGCAUAAUGUUAAUUAUGAAAAACGUGUUUGGUGUUAAUAUUACACAAGAUAAAUUUGGCAGAUAUUCAUUAAGUAAUCAAGACUCAAAUAACCAAGUGCAUGAUAAAGUAAGUCCCUUAGAUGCUAAUAAAACAUAAAUGAAGAUUCCUAAGAAUCCAAAAGGUUAUAUUGAUAAGGGUAAUAAACCUACCUUGAAGCAUAAGAUAGCAUUACUGCUUAAUAAAUUUAAAUCUAUUCAAAAAGAUCCAAAAGGAUUUUGAAAAUCCUUUGAAACAACAAGGUCUCACUUAUCCAGAGAAAGUAAAAUGGAUUGAGACUGCUUUGAAAAUGUAGACCUUUGAUCGAAGAUCAAUUUGUGUUAACCCUUAAAGAUAAUAAAAUAAAAAUAUUUUCUACUUUAGUUGUGGAAACAAAAGACAACAGACCAUUAUCAAAAUACAAAAUUAUAUUAUGAAAGAUACUAAAUUCCAUGAUGAUUUUAAACCAAUUUUUUCCAAAGAAGGAAUUCGUACUUAUGAAUUUAAAGUUUACGAAAACUAGUAGAAAGGGAACUAAUUUUAUAGAUAUAAACAGUAUUACAACAAUCAAGUCUCAACAAUCAACAAUUGAUGGUACAGUAAGGACACGCCAAUGGAUGAGACCUAGUGGGUGCCAUGACUGCAGUAACUCCCCGCACAUCCGUGCCAAUAUUUUUCACGAUUCCAUAGGCAACACGCUGAGGUGAGAUUAUUUCGGAAAUAAGGUCUAUCAAUAAAACUUCGUUCUAAUGCUUUUUAGCAGAUCGUGCAUUCUAAAAGGCAUAACAUGAAGUACCUAAGCUCUAAUCUACAUUCAAACAUUCUAACAAAACUGAACAAAAUGACCGUUAAAAAACAUGAACUAUUAAGGUCCAUGUCCACAAUAGUGCCACAUGCGUUUGUUAUGCUCUUGUCCAAUGGAGUGUCCUCUAUCAAUGUAAAAUUUGCUAUAUUUAUGCAUUGAUAACAUCUACAUUAUGGAAGGAGCAGAAAGUCUUUUACAAAUAUUUUUGUUUCUUUUCAGAUUGCUACUUUGCUACUUAUCAUUGAAUAUUAAACCCCGAUGCAUAAAAGAUGGCUGGAACCAGUUUAAGCGAACCAGUUACGGUGCAUUUACAUAUACCAGACAGCGUAGAAAUGAUUCGGGCAUCCAUUCUGUUCACAAAACAGUUACCAAUCAAAUGUGUAUCUGUGAACAAGAGGCCUUCCUUGACGACACUGAAUAGAUACACGAUAUCAAAAAAAAAAAAUGCCUAUUCUGACUUUUGAAAAAGAUUCUACACAGUUUCAACUUCAGAGCGGAACCUUUAACAAAUCCGAGACGGUGUUUUUUCCAGGGUUAAUAGAUCCAAUGUUCAGAAAUGAAUUCUCGGUAAGAGAGGCUGUUUCAAAUAACAUUUUACAACCUUUGAGAACUAUCUUCAAUGCUGGCACCACCACCUUCGAAGUAGAGGGUGAAAUGUGUAUAUCCAGCACACAAGGUUUCCAGGCCAUUUCUGUCUGCUCAAUUCUGAAGGAGAAAUCUGUCUCAUAAUGGAAUGUAAGCCAUGGGACUACUUCAUGGAUUUGGACUACAACAAGUCGAGUGCAAACGCAGUAAAGCAAGCACUAAAAACGUGCUGAUCCAAGUGACCGCAUCACAAAUUCUACCUGCAUACUAAGCUACAUUCCGAAGACAGCCAUGGCUGAUGACACUUGUAAUUUCAAAGGUGCUAUGAAGCAACUUGCGGCAUAUAUGUUGUCUUUGAACAAUCGGAAAGCUUUUGGGAUAUUGACCACGUACUGCCAUACGUACUUCGCCAUUCUGGAACAUUCUGACAAAGGUCGUCCUACAUUGAAAGUGUUGAGAGCUGUGAGAUACAGUGAAAAUGAUGUUCUGGAACGAGUGUUUAAGUUUAUUGAGUUGGCAGUCAGAACUCCCGUUGUUGAAAUGAAGGACAAGAACAAUAGUACCAAUGUGUCACCCGUACAGAUAGGCAAAAGGAAGGCUGGACAGUGCCAAACAAAAGCAUCGUUUAAGAAAGGAGACAGAACGAAGCGACUAAAAGGGAAUGAAGACUCCAAGAAUGGAAAUCCUGGAAAUAGUGGAAGUAGUCCAAAGAAGCGGGCCGCUUACGGUGAUUACGUCAUAGACGGCAUCAUAGGAGAAGGAAAGAGUGGCCGUGUCUUGCGGCUUGUUGACCGAAAUGGUUGCUCAUUUGUAGCUAAAACAAUCGGGGAGCUUAAAUACAAAUCAAAAAUGGAAAGGAAAGAAAUCACCUCUGAACUGCAAAACAAAAUAGCAAUUUAUGAAGCAUUGAAGACUUGCAAGGCAGGGUCUUGCCUCGAUUGCACUUUGAGGCUUAUUUAGAUUGUACAAGGUACUCUCUGAUAAUGGAUGAACUAAACGCCGACCCACUAUGGACACGACAUCAAACGGAAGAUCAAAAGAGAGCAAUUCUUGCUGUUCUGCAUCAGAUCCACGAGAGGGGGAUUUUAUACGAUGACAUUAGGAAAGAGAACAUUUUAUUAGACCGGAAGGAUAAAAAGAGAGUAUACUUCAUUGAUUUUGCAUUUUCAUCAGUGUGUGAUGUGCAAGAGGAAUUCCAGGGAGAAAUGGAAGAGCUCAGAUCACUUCUAGAAAUGGAUCAGGAGCCGAAGUCUUUCAAGACCUUGCACAAACGCAAGAAGAAUAAAGAAUGAAAACACAAAGUGUACUUGUGGUAUAACAUUUUUUGCUAAACAUGCUUCUGAUCAUGUUGUAUUUUUUUGAGAAAUUAAAUUCAUGUUUUUGGGAAAACUAUGGUCUGCUUGCUUUUAAUGUUUUCAGGUAAAGAGUGCAUUUGGGAGAUGUAAAAUGUAGAUGUUUUUUUGUAA